CAUUAUUCCAUAUGUCAUUCUGCUGCAACUAUAAGUCGAACUAUAGUCUGUGAUCUGCAUUCAGUGAAUGGUUUUCUAUCCAAAUACAUCUUUUCUUUGAAAGAUAUCGGUGGAUUGGCUACAUUAAACAGAGAUAUAACUAUGGCAAAACCAAAAACAGAAGAUGCGUCUGAAGAUGCCAAAAAAAUUGUUGAUGAUGCCAAGAACUUCAUUGAAAAGGCAAUUUCUGAUAUUGGAAAAACUUCAGCAACAAAGCAGCUAAUUUUAGGCACUGCGUCAGGAUGGAUCACGGGUUUCAUGACUAUGAAAAUUGGAAAGGUUGCUGCUGUUGGUAUAGGGGGAGGAGUAAUUCUACUUCAUAUUGCAAGUCAAAAAGGUUACAUUGAUAUCAACUGGGAAAAAAUCAAUAAAAAAGUUGACAAAAUUAGUGACAAAAUUGAAAAAGAGUCAACGGGGCGUUCGCCGGAUUGGUUUGAAAAGGUCAGUAUGAAGAGUUAUUGGACUUGGAUGUUUAUAAUACACUAUAAUUACUUGACAUAUCAAUCAAUCAAAAAAUUGGUAUUAUCAAUUUAUUGGAGAUGAACAAUACCAUGCUACAGAAACACAUGUCUUUUUGGCGUCUUUUUUCGCUGGAAUGGCUAUUGGUCUUAUUUGCGGGAAAGUUUAGAAAUUUGAAUGUUUGUAUUUAUAAUUUUUCCUAAUUAUGUAUGUAGCCAGUCUAUAAAAAAUGCUAUAUUAAAAAAACCGUUACUAAUUUAUCAUGUUAUUUCGUUAAAACGUCAUCGUUGUAAUCUCAGUAUUAUUAAAAUUUUAAAUUAUAUUAUUAUUUUUAAAAUAUUUAUUAGGUUUGUACUUAUUUCAUUUCGUUAAUAGAUGUUAAUUCGUCAUAACUUCAUUCCUUUUCUUAUUC